AGCGUAUGGUAGGUGGAGUGAAGAUAAAUAAACUAAGAUUUUGUAUUUUCACACCUCCAGCACCACUUCUCGUCCCCUCCACCGCCUCCUGCAGCUACACCCACUCCACCUCCCUCCUCCAGGUGUCUCCUCGGCAUGAUCUUGACUCGCUGGGGUUCGACUCCCGCGGUUCACAAGUGUCCAGUGUUGACCGGGGAGAGUGAGAGGGCGCUGUGUUUACAUGAAGUUCCUGCCUUCCGAGUGCCUUGCGUGGGAUUCUGCUCCUACACCGUCCCAUUAGACCCCCGUAGACCUUUGGAGAGCUGCCUGAAGGGAUUAAGAACGAAGGAGGGACAGGAAGACGCCCCUGAGGAAGAUAUUUCGUAAGAAGAGUGAGCCUUGGUGGGCCGAGUCAGUAUUGAUCUGAGCCGCUAAUCGAUCGGUGAAGGGCCACAUGAGGAAUUGGGGGAAGACAGAGACACGACCCUGAGGCUGAGUACCACCACGUGUGUCCCUCAGCUGGCGAUGGGGAAACGCAUUGCCGCACAGCACGCGCCCUCUACGCCUCCUGAAGAUGCAACACCCCACACGCCGCCACGCAUGCCCACCACACCGCCGGCUCAUCAUUCAACUCAUUUUUUCCAUCGUAGUUUCCUCGCCGCGUCUUCUCCUCUACGGGUGACUCCCAAGCAGCUAGCGGCGGGUCCCGAGGUGAGAGUGGUGAGAGUGGUGAGUGAGAGGCGCUGCGUUGUGCUGGGUGUAGGUGUUUAUUAGCCCGGCAGAUAUUCCAGGAUGAACUAAAUGAUGAGCGGAGACGGCACGAAGGUUAAGGAUAAUGUAUAUAUGUUAUCAAUAAGUCCCCGGGGUCAGGGUAACGAUUUACGCUCCAAUUAUUCUAUUAGUUAUAAGUAAGGAUUAAGAACAUGCUUGAUGAGUCCCGGCGCAGGCAAGGCUUGAAGCAUCGUGGUGCUGCGGCGAGAGUACUGAGAGAGAAACUUUAUAAUGAUAAUUGGUGAUGCUCGUAAUGAUGACUAAAAUAUGAGGAAAAGAGCUACAACAGAAGGGGGGAAAAAUUGGUGAUGGAAAUUCAGUCAUUCCAUAAUUCAUCCAAGUUAUUAUGUGUGCGACUCCCCAGCAGACGGGUGCGCGCGCGCGCGCACACACACACACACACACACACACACACACACACACACACACACACACACACACACACAUCUUAGGAAGGACACUCGGCCUAUUAACGAGAACACUUCCUCAGCGUCGCUACUGCCGCGGCCAACACCCGCGCCGCCUCCACCUCGACCCUCACUCUGCCUCCACUAGCCGCCCUCCGCCCCCUCGUGGUGGAGGCGUCCUGUCCUGCCGUGUCCCCGCACCACUCUCCCCCACUAUCGGGCUGGAAAACUGGAACACCCCCAUAAUAAGAGCACUUUGUGAGCAUGUUGUUGAGGCUGAUGCAGAUAGAUGUCAAGAUUAUGAAAAUGUGUUACUUAGGCCGUGAGUUGUGUCUUAUGUAACUGUGGGCCUCACUCCGCCCCGCCGCAGGAAGUCAGGCAAAAAGUGGAAACCUAUGGAAUUCCUGGCAGCGAAAGUGGUGCGGCAGGUGAGCGGCGGGCGCGGUGUGUGAGGAGGAUAACACUUUAAUCAUGGAGCGUCAGCCACCAGGAGCAGCCGUCAUGCCCCUACGACUGACCUAGAUAGGGCGGCGGGGCGGCAGCCGCUGCCCGCACCAGAGUGAGGAGCAGCGGCCGCCUCAUGUCCCUCCUCCCUUUCCCCGCCGCCUGCUGCCCCGCUGACUGAAGGAAAUCGCUCCUCCCCUCGGUGCGCGCAGCCUGGCUCCUCCCCCUCCGCGGAGCCUCGACCAAUCGCCUCCAAAGCCACGCCACUCUAGCACCCCAACAACCAAUCAUAAUGGCACUCGCAACGCAAAUAAUUGAGUGAGCCAGCUAUCAGUUGAUUGUUUUGAUUUUUGUAACUAUUCGAUUUGAAAUCCGAUCCAAUAGCAGUUGUAGAGUUGUAGUUUGUAUCUGAGGGAGAGUGUGUGUGUCUUGGUGGUGGCGCGCGGACGUGUAUACGACUCACACUCACUAUGAGCACGGAGGCCCUCAUGGAGCCCGACGCUACCCUACGACCUCCGGCUUCGUCGCCGUCACACCAAAGUCCCUCUCCUCCGUCGUCGACUUCGCUGGCGUCGCACCUGCUGGCGCAAGUUCAAAGUCUUACGUCGCUUCCUUCUUCAGUGCCCAUACCCACGUCCUCACCCCCGGGGCUCGGAGUAUACCGCCAUGGCAUGCUUGGUGGAGGAAUACCGCCACAAUUCCAGCUCGCUGCCGAGCCUCCCAUGUCCUCCCUUCUGGCUGGACUCAAAGACUUGCCGCGUCAGUACCACUCCCCGCCGCCCGUACCUUCGUCAGAGACCCACGAGUGCAAAAUUGUUGACUAUCGGGGAGCCAAAGUGGCCGCUUUUAUCAUUAAUGGCGAUGCAAUGUUAUGCCUACCACAGGCCUUCGAGUUGUUCUUGAAACACCUGGUGGGCGGCCUCCACACAGUCUACACCAAGCUCAAGCGGCUCUCAAUCGAACCCCUCGUGUGCAAUGUUGACCAGGUCCGCAUCCUGCGUGGCCUGGGCGCCAUCCAGCCCGGUGUCAACAGGUGCAAACUGCUCUCCGUCAAGCACUUCGACAUCUUAUUCAAGGACUGCACCACUGCCAGCUCCAGGCCCGGCCGACCCCCUAAGCGAGCCUCAGACUUCAUGACGAUGUCGCCCUCCGCGCAGGACCCUCUCUACGACCUCAAGAAGCGACACAUGGAGAACAGCCCCUUCCCCAACGGUAGCAUGCCUGGUGACCUGCGCCAGGACAAGUCACCGCUGCUGGCCAACGGCUACCACGCGCCGCCGCAUUUCAAUCCCCUGCAGUACAUGGCUCACCACAUGGCUGGCCUGGGCUACCCUCCGCUGCUGCCUGGUGGUCUGCCCGGCGGCCUGCCUGGCGGUCUACCCGGUGGCCUUCCCGGAGGACAUCCCGUCGGCCCACACCCCAUCUCCCCCAACGAAGCCUCCCCCCUCAAGCACCCACACAUCACCCCCGAGACCUUGGCUAAGAUGCAUGAGGAGCGGGUUGAGCGUGAACGACAGACGGCCCUCGACCAGCGGCGGGGCCUGACCCCCACCAGCAUGGCCGGUCCCCACCCCAUGCUGCCCACCUCCACCCACGAGGACAUCCACCCGCCCACCUCCCCCGUCCUUAAUCUCUCUAAGGGCGCUGCCUCCGAGGGGACUCAGGAGGAGCGCGAGGAGGAGCGGGAACACGAUCUGGUCAGCCACGACUCCGGCCGCGACUUGCACGACGAGGAGCGACGCCACACGCAGGGCGACGACGACCGAUUCUCAGACAUGGACGAGGACGAGGAGAAGGAUGAAGCCGCCAUGGAUGUUGUUGACUCGUGGACGAGAAAUUCCGGUAACCUUGGCCAGACGCAGCUCAACACGACACCCGCGCCCCCGGGGUCCCUGGCAGGUCUGGGAGGCAACGCCCCGCUGUCCUCUACGGAGGUACUACUCAGGAACAUCCUCGGCCUCCUGCGGGUGGCCGAGGAGAACGCCCGGCACCACGAGAGGCAGACGCAGUGCGAGAAAGCCGAACUGAAGAUGGAGGUGCUACGGGAGCGUGAGCUGCGGGAGACUCUGGAGAAGCAGCUGCAGGAGGAACAGAAAAACCGGAUACUGAUGCAGAAGCGGUGCGCCAAGCUGAAAAAGCUGCGGCGACGCCUUCAGGAGCGGCUGGACGUGGAGGUGAAGCGAAGGAGCCGCUACGAGGACCACAUCCGCUCCAACUCUCCCGACGCCCUUGGUGACAUUAACGACACCAUCAGGAAGGAGAUGGAGGCGAUCGCCGCGGAGAUUCAGAAUGACGAAAUGAAGAAAGCGCAGAAGCAGAAUGACGAGCGAGAGGCCGUGGACCGCCUGCUGGCCUCUCCUGCCAUUGCUAACCACCCCGCCAUCACUGCUGCCACCGCGGCCAACGUGGCGUGGCGAUAAGGGAUUUCUCAGGACGCCAGGAUGGGACUGGUGUUCAGGACAGGAUGCUCCUUCCCUGUAGGACCAUGAGUGAGCGUGACGGUGGGGCGCCACGUGAAGAGUGGCCGCCAGGAAAGCAGUUUUGCCUGUUUCAGUGUAGCUCCUAUUAGCAGUGUGUUCCAAGUACUGUUUCCUGAAGCUGUUGAACAUUAAGAUAAGUUAUUGGCGAUGAUUGACCCGCGUAGUGUGUUAGUGUUCUGAAGCGCAACAGCUGACGUCAGUACUACAGAGAGAAGCAUCUAAUCGGAGACUGACAAAGAAAGAUGUAUUCGUUGAACAGAACUGAAGGUGUGCAGCCCGAGCCGAGGCGCUGGCGGCCACAUGUCUUCAGCGGCGGCAGAGGAAGACUGCCCCGCCCCAAGGACCGACCCCUGCCAGUCCUCGGGGACAUGUGGCCCGCUUCGCUGUGUCACAAGUCAUCCUACACUUCUUCUCCGGCAUUUGAUACUUAAUUAUGUACAUAGGUUACACUGUAGCAAUGUAGGAGAAAUUUAUCAUAAUUGUAUCCAUAAGAUAAGCAUAUGAGCGUCACGAGAGUGAUCUAUGGGUGCCAAGAAGUCUCGGCUGCUUCCUGAGUGACCGGUAGGGAUUCGGAUGCUGACACCACCACCGCUCCCACGGCUGAACCGAGGCCCCCGGUGGUGCGGGGCCGCGGGGGUGUGGCGGGGCACUCUUCUCGUCCUGCAGACUCUCGCCACCCGCGGCUCUGGGAACAUUUACAACAUUCGUCCUUAAUAAAAAAAAUUAAAUAAAUUGUCUUGUCAAGCGGAGAAGCGAGCAAGACAUGGAGGGCGGCGUCGGGGCGGCCGAGCAGCGAGGGUGACGGCGGCGUGACCCGCGGCGCUGCCUCAUGUGGCGACCGCGCCCCGCCCUCGCCUCGCGCCAGCCGUCUCCCCGCCAGUGCCGCCCUGUCUUCAUGACAAAAACACAAGUUUUAUAUUAUUUAAAAUGUAUUUAUUGUAUAAUCAUUAAGUAGUUCUCGGGUGUAGGCCUGUGGUGAGCCAGGGCCGUGUCGGUGUACUAGAUGUAAUACAGUGUCGGUGGCUAACACAGCGCUCCUUGUACGUCAGUAAUAGACCCUUGUGGAGGGACGCGCGGAGAGUCCUGGUCAGACUCUCCAAUUCUCUUUUGGUACCUGUCAAGUGGUGGAUGUCAGCUCGUCAAGCAAGCACCCCCAGCGCGGCGUGGCGGCGUGCUGCCCUGGCCCUCCGAGACUCCCACGCUGCGUCCCAUCACGUGCCGUCUCACAUAUCACCGGAGUCGCCAGCGCCGGGCGCCAGGUGCCCGGCGGGAGGGAGGCUGGGUCGCCCAGAGCACAAAAUUGUUUCCAGCAAUAUCCACAACUCAGCCUGUAGACCUGCCAUGCUGAGCCAUAGUGGGUCCCACUGGCUGCCCUAGAGCAUACCUACCAUACUUUCUAGGCCUUUGUAAGAUUUGUACAUACGAGAGUAUCGUUAAGGGCAUUAAUCCAGUGUUAGACCUUAGGUUCAGUAGUCAAUAUCGUAGUCGUAAGUAAAGUGCUUGGACACCUGGCAUGACUUAUUUCCUAGUGCCAACGACGACAUGCUUGGAUAGUAUACCUCUGAUAGUUCGUAUGUGUAGGAGUAGUGAGUGUGGGGCAGGUGUCGGGUGUGGGGCGGGGCGCCGCCUCCCCGCCGGUCAGGGCUGGCUGGCUCCGCUCGCCGCCACGCCAGCCUUUCGUCAGGUCCAAACAAACAUUACAGCAGCCCACCCGCGACACACUUUAAAUUGCCAUAGAUAUUAAAUAAUUACCGAAUGAGUAAGCCGAAGGUUGCCGGCAGUGUGAGCCUCUCCCCUCCCCCUGUACGCUCACCUUCCAACUCCCGACCAACCUCCCCGACACUGCAUCUGGUAUCUAUGCCUUGUACUGUAUGUAACAGGAGUAACAUUGUUGUAUCGUACGAUGAAAUUGAGUGUUUCUCUAAUUUUUAUGUUGUUUCACUAAAUAAAGCAAUAAUUUGCA